AUGUCGUGGUUGAUGCAUGAGAUCAAGAAACAAGCUCAAAUCCAUGCCGACGGCCUCGAAUUCACACGAGAUCCGUCCGCCUCAAAAGGCAACGCACUGGACAACCAGAUGGCACAAGCUUACUCUCGACCUCCAUCCUCUCCUGCUCGCACAAUGUCGCCCCAGAUUCUCGAUAACGCUCUUGGCGCCGUUGGCCAUACUCCAUUGAUUCGAUUGGACAAGAUCGCAAAGUUGAACGGUCUGAAAUGUAAUCUAUUGGGAAAGCUCGAAUACACGUCGGUCGGAGGUUCAGUCAAGGACAGGAUCGCCAAAGCGAUGGUCGAGGCCGCCGAGGCAGAAGGAAAGCUGAUACCUGGGAAGAGCGUUGUGAUAGAACCGACAUCAGGCAAUACUGGUAUCGGACUCGCGAUGGCUUGUGCCAUAAAGGGAUAUUCGGUGAUUAUUACCAUGCCUAACAAAAUGUCACUCGAGAAGGAAGCCGCGCUUCGAGCCCUUGGUGCCGAAGUCAUCCGUACCCCUACAGAAGCUGCCUGGGACUCGCCAGAGAGCCAUAUAGGUGUGGCCCAAAAACUUCAAAGGGAAAUACCUUACGGUAUCAUCUUGGAUCAAUACCGUAACGCGAACAACCCCCUGGCGCAUGAGUUGACUACUGGCCCCGAGAUAAUUGAGGCUGUCGUCUCCACCCCCUCAACCCCAGCGCAUCCUUCUUCGGGCAAGGUCGAUGUCCUGGUCGCCGGUGCCGGCACUGGCGGUACUAUCACCGGUAUCUCUCGGGCCAUCAAGAAGACACAUAACAAAGAUUGCGUCGUAGUCGGAGCUGAUCCCAGAGGAAGUAUCCUAGCCCUCCCAGCGGAGCUUAACAACGAAGAUGAAGGCUUAGCUUACGUUGUCGAAGGCAUCGGCUACGACUUCAUCCCAGACGUGUUGUCUCGGGAAGCGAACGAUAUCGAUGUGUGGAUCAAGACGUCGGACGAAGAUUCUUUCCCCGCCGUGCAGAUGAUCAUGAGGAACGAAGGCCUUUUGGUUGGCGGCAGCAGUGGUAGCUCGCUCAGCGCUGCACUUCAGUGGUUAAAGGGUGACGAAGGCAAACACGUUGCGGAGACACCAGGCAAAAACGUGGUUGUCGUACUCCCGGAUGGAAUCAGAAAUUACAUGAGCAAAUCUUGGUUCCUCAAGAUAGCGUUGGAGGCCGAGCCAACGCCAUUGGCGAAGACGAUCAAGGAUAUCUUGCAUCCAGUUGAUUCUACUCCAGGGAAGGCUCAUGCCAUCGCAGCCGAGGACUUGGGCAAAAUCCGGCCAAUGAGUCGUAGCUCCGUUCCCGAGGCUCAACGUGGCUCCGUCCCUUCGCAUUGA